AAUCGGUACACGACUGUGUGAUGCCGGCAGUUUCGAGCGAGUCUUGCCGGUGAACAGGUCGAAAGCGAGCGGGGCUUCUUCCCUCUCGUCGAUCGGUGGCAGGUAUCGGUAUCGUCCUUCCUCGCGUCGGGUUCGCUCCGAAACGGACGGCCGUGUACUCGCGUCGUCGACCGUUUUGUUUAUCAGUGCGUUUCCGCAUUCACGGACACGUGGUAAAAUCCGAGAAUUAGAUCACCGAUGACGUAUCGCUUCAACCGCAAGAAUAUGUUCGCGCCGUCGACGAGCAAUAACGUUCUUUGAUCGAAGCACACUUUAACUAUGCGUCUUUUCAAACGUUAUACAGCCGAUACGAGCCCGCAGCUUGUUUCGGCUGUACCUAUCUCCCAAGAUAUUGCCGCUACUGUCGAAAGUAAUGCGCCUGAGACAUCGGAGAAGAAAUCAAAGACAGACGACAGAUUGAAAGAUAAUCUUCCAAUUAAAGAAAAUAUCGACACACAAAAGGAACCGGUGGAUUCUUCUAUUCUAACUCGUAAAGGAAUUUCAACUUGGGGACGAAAGAUGGGUCGGAGAUGGGAUCAAAUGAAAAGGUCGGACAGUUCCGAAUUGCUUUCGGUAUCGCGACGGCGACGACGAUGGAGCCCGCAUCGGAAAAGCAGCUACGAUGAAACGUCGAACGAGAAAGAAAACGGUAAUAGCGAGUUCCUGAGGCCAAAGAGAAUUCCCAGGGUAGAAUCGUUGAGAAACUUCUUUAGGACUGGCGGCGAUCAUUCUUUCAACUCCAAGAAUGAUGCGAAAAACGCGACGAUACAGGAGGAGGACAUCGUCGAAAUCAGACACUGCCCGAUGGAGAAGACUUUGAGCGAAGGAGCAAUCAAGAAAAUUCCGUUUCGAGGUAUAUGCUCCGAGAAUAUCGACGCUCGCGAAUUCGCUGAAAUCGAUCGAGAAGCAUUCCUUCGUCAAAAGAAGUUACAGCUUAGUCGUAGCAUUCAGGAUCUUCAAGAGCAGCGACGAGUCUUGGAUUACAUACUCAAGAAUCACGAGAUCUUGAAGACGCAACGGGGCGAUGCGUUCGCGAGAGAAACACUGGAGAACGUUGCUACGAAUUCGAAGGAAAUCUCCAAUUCCGAUUGCGCGUCUACGGAAGAAACGAAGAGCGUCUCGACGCGAAUGCCUGAUCAUCAAUCUGCUGCCGUUAAUGCGAACGAAAUUAAGGAAAAUGUUUGUCAUCCUCAUGGACCCUCCGCCGCGCUGACCGGUUUGGAAGAUCUACUGAACAAUCUGCGCAUAGGUUGCGAUGAAAGUGGCUACGAUUCAGAUAGUACACGAGCCGGUGCGGAUUCGCCGGAUAGUGAAAAAUUGGCAGUGCCUUCGUCGUUGAAACCGCGUAGUUUCUCGUUAACGUCCGACGAUUAUCACGGCUUGCCGCUACUGUUCCGUAGCGAUGCCUCUCGAAAAAAAGACGCAGUGAUCGAGUCAGAGUCAUCCGGAACGUACACUUCGACAGACGUCGAGAAAGUCGACGUUGCUGUCGACGCUGCGACAAACCGUGCUUCCUUCAAUGAUUCGACUACAACGCAAACUACCAUCUUAAUGUCGGAAGAUGAUACGGAUAGCUGCGACGAUGAUACUUUCGCCGAUCUUAUGGAAUAUCAACCAGAUUUAACGAGAACUUAUUCUAAGAGGGAAGCAGAUUUCUUUCCGCAGUGUCACGAGGAUCUAAUGAAAGCAGCGUCUUCCGCGACUCCCGUUCUGCUUGGCGAGGAUUUAACGAAACUCAAGAUGACGGAGAGUAAUAAUCCCGACGUUACUCUGACACAAUAUGACACCUCUGACGAUGCUGAUACACGUGGCAUCGAUGAUGUCAAAACAAAAGUCGAUUUCAGAGAGAGAAAAUCUUGUGUAACGCCAACAAAUCAUGUACCUCAGAUGAUCAGAUUUCAGAAUUUACUGAAAGACAAGAAAUAUAGAAAUCGCAAAUGCUCUAGUCCGAGUGUGUUACAUCUUUUAGAUCAUGCCGCGUCUCCGUGUAACGACAGUCCACCGGCUAACAAAGUCUCUCCUCUAUCUGAGACGAUGAAUAACCCGCUACGAUAUUACAGUCCGAAGAGAUCACGCUCCACUCUGGAACUCGAUAUAACGGACGUGACAAGGAACGCGGCGAAGAGAGUGUUGACGGUGAACGUCGCUCUUCCUACAGUUUCCAAGACUGUCAACAAAACCCUAGUACGACGCGAAUUAAAAACGAUGAAACUCACGGUGAACCAUAGCGAGACUCCGGCGGGUCUCGGUAUUUCGGUGGAGCGACACGAGGCGGCCAGGCCGUUUUACGUAAUCGCCAGGAUGGAUCCGGAUGGUGAAGCAGCUAGAUCGAAGCAGUUUUGUCUCGGCGACGAGAUCGUCCGAGUCUGCGGACGUAGGAUACGCGGUAUGUCGAUGGCGGAGGCGCGAAACGCCUUGCGAAGCUGCGUCGGCACGGUUGAGCUGCAGGUAGCGAGGGAGCCGAAGAAAAUCGGCGACACCUGGGGCGACGUCUUGACACGAACUCGAAGCGAUCCCGAUUCGUGGAUCUCGAAGAGCCAGAAAACCGAAUUUCAGCCGGCUUUCCGUGCAUCAUCUUCGACGAACGCCGGCGCAUCUCUUGCCGUUGACGAGACGACUACUACUAUCCGGAAAAUAACGGGGAUGAAGAAGUUCCAGAUCGUGAGGAAACGAAGCGCCGAAGCUCCCACCGUUCAACGAGGCUCCAGUCUAGCCAUGGAUCUGCUGACGGUUGUAUUAAUAAAGGGCGCGCCGAAGAAAUUGGGCUUCUCCAUCGUCGGGGGUGUGGAUAGCAAUAAAGGGCGAAUGGGUAUCUUCGUGAAAGAUAUUAUGCCCGAUGGACAAGCUGCGGAGGAAGGUACUCUGAGAGCGGGGGACGAAAUUCUAGCCAUUAACGGCUCCUCAUUAGACGGACUAACGCACGCCAAGGCGUUGCAGAUGUUCAAGAACACCAAAGCCGGGAACUUGAUACUUCACGUCGCCCGAAGAGACCCGACGCAUAAACGAUACAUCACGCAAUCAAAAUCGUAUGAUUGCCUCAACAAAUUAACGAAGUCUGCCGACGAGUGAAAUUAUUGCCAUUAUUAUCGUUAUAGAAUUAAUCUCAUUGCUGUAAACAUAUAAUGAAUUAUUUUGAGAAAUUCUUUUUCACAUACGAUUUUUUCUAGGAUCUAUUAAAUUAAUAAUUUAUAUUUCAAAAAGGUUAUAUGCUAAUGAUAUCUUGCGUUCAAAAUAAUUUACAUACAUCUUGAUUAACAUCCUAAUAUAUUUCCAAUAGUAUUUUAUAUACAAAAGUAUAUAUAUAUAUAUAUGUAGGCUGUAAUCAAACCAUAAUUGUGAUAGCAAUCGAUUAUUUUUACCAAUGGGUAAUAUUCGUAAUCCACUUCUUUGUC